GGCAUAUGGUUGUUUGAAUUAAAUCCUAACGAAGAGAAAUUCCAACAAAGAUCAAAUGGAAGUUCCUAAAACGUCUAUUAAGUUGAAUAAUGGUGAAAACAUUCCAGUUGUUGGAUUAGGAACAUGGCAGUGUUCCAAAGACGAGGUACAAACUGCUGUUCAUGCAGCAUUAGAUGUAGGAUACCGCCACAUUGACACGGCUUUCAUGUAUCAAAAUGAAGAUGCUAUCGGAGAGAUUCUGCAGGACUAUAUGAAACGUGGGAAAGUCAAAAGAGAAGAUCUCUUUAUUGUUACAAAGCUUCCUCCUACUCAUAUGGAUCCGUCACUGGUGAAAAGGUCAUUAGAGAUGAGUCUUAAGAACCUAAAGUUGUCAUACGUUGACCUAUAUCUUGUCCACUUACCUUGUCAGCUUGUGUAUGACGGAGAUGACAAUAACCUUUUCCCGCAGGAUGAAAAUGGAUGUUUAAAAGCAGAUCCGAAAUCAGAUCUAAUAGCGACCUGGAAGGCAAUGGAACAUUUGGUCGACCUGGGAUUGACCAAAUCUAUUGGCGUAUCUAACUUCUUGUUGUCCCAAGUAGAAAGAAUCUGUAGUUUCGCUAAACACAAACCUGUUGUGAACCAGGUUGAAUGCCACAUUUAUUUCCAACAAAAGAAAUUGUACGAAUGUUGCAAAAAGCUUGGUGUUGUUCUAACAGCUUAUUCCCCGUUAGGAAGUCCUAAACGGAUGGAGGGAUUAAUAAAAGCGAACGAUCCCGUUCCCCUCGAAGAUCCACUCAUAGUAGAAAUAGCAAAAGAGUAUGGAAAAACACCAGCUCAGAUUUUAAUUCGAAAUCUUAUGCAGAGAGAAAUUGUAGUCAUUCCAAAGAGCGUACAUCCUGAGAGAAUAAGAAGUAAUUUUGAUGUAUUUAAUUUCUCUUUGAGUGAAGAGGAUAUGCAGAAAAUAGCUGCCAUUAGACAGUAUCCAAAGCUUGUUGAUUUCACACCCGGGCUUCAAAAUCACCCAGAAUGUCCAUGGGAAGGGAAUUCGAAAGCUCCAUUGUAAACCAAUAACGGCGGCAAAAAAUCACACACACACAAACAAACAAGCAAAUCAAAACAAAAGACCAUAGCUCUCUUUCAAAGCAUAAUCCUGUUUAUAAGAAUGGCUUUAGAAAACCAAGAAGGAUUUGAUAAACAUUUGUAAUGAUACAUUUGCACUA